UCGUUCAACUUCUACACUUCUUCAGAGUUUUGGUCUUAUGACCGGCUAGACAACCUAAAGGGCCUCGUGACCGCCGUCUGGACACAGGCCUCAGGGUCGCCGAGUGGCCUGCAUGGCCUUUUAAUGAACUACCAAGUACCUGCGUUGACUCUUACUACCGUCAGCCCCGGUGACAGCUCGAAGAACUAUCAGUAUGACCAGAUGGUGGCAGAUGGUGGACGACACCUGAUUGUCAUGACUAAGUAA